AUCCAAGUGAGUACAUAUCCGUUACCACUUUGCCUUGCAUUUUUAGCUAAUACAUUCACACUGCUAACUGACGAUCUAAACACAUGAUGAAAAGUAAAAUUACAAGCCUUUACCAUAACUUUAAUGUCUUUUACCAUAGAGAAAGCCUCAGUGGUACGAGCAGUUUUGAUGGUUUCUUCAGCUAAGCACUGAUUUAACUCAUCUACAAGCUGUUUGCAGUCACUUAUAAAAGCAACAUGCUCAUACCUCAGUCUCCAUAAUUGUUGUGCAGCCAUGAGCAUUGCUGUUGCUUCAGCCUCUAAUGAAGAGUUUGUGGGUUUGAUUAAGGAAGAUCCUUGGAGUUUUUGGGUACCUUCUAUGCUGUAUAAGGACCACCCAAUUCCUCCUAUAUCUUUCUCAUUUAACACAUUUUUUUUAACACAUUGAGUUCUGUCUUUGAGCUUUAUUUUUUUAGGACAAUUUUUUUAUUAAAAAAUGUUUUGGAAAAACUUUGUAAGUUAGUAUACCAAAGAAACUAACUAACUAAAAUUUGAUCAUAAAAAAAACUAAAAUUUAGUGGAAUAUAGUAUUUUCAAAAAGAUAGUUUUUUACCUCAGCUAUUCUAGCCAUAAAAAAAAGUUUUUUUUACAGCAUCUUCAGCUUUAUUUUCCUUGCAUAUAUUUUUACUAUAUAUAAAAAAAAAAAGAGUUUCUACUUCUUCAACUAUUUAUAUUCUAGCCUCUAUAUUAAAAUUCGUGUACACCUAAAAAUAUACAUAGUUUUCACUUUUCUUAUUUUCAAAAAUUUUAGUCUCUAUUUUAGAAAACUAAUGCUUUUUGUUAUAUUGAUUCUUUUUGUCAUAUGGAUUAUCAUACUACAAGUUAUGAGAAUAAUUAAUUGGAAAACUGCUAAGUGUUCAGUCAGUGUCUGUAUGUGGCUUUUGUAAUGUUUUAAAGUGCUAAUAUAAUUUGUUUGAGGAAAAAAAAUUGAUUGGAAAACUAGACAGAUAUAUGCGACCAUAUUAUAACUGAACGUCAAAGUAUUUGACCUUUCCCUGAACUUUUUCUGGUUUGUUUCAUCAACUAUUCUAUCAUGAAUGGUGGAAUAAUGGGAGAGAAGGAACGUAAAUGAAGGGAUCAACAAGCACAUCCGCCAAUUUCUGAGUAAAAAACAAUCACACCCUCUCAUUUCCCAAACCUCUAAACCAAGUCGUAACUGAAAAUCAAAAGAAGAAAAAAAACAACAAUUUGAAAAGCUUUCUUCCUCCCCCAAGAAACAAAUAAUCCCAACACAAAUACUAUACGAACGAGUAAGAAUUAACCACAGAUAGAGAGAGGAUGAAUACAACUACAACAAAAAACGUAUGUGGAGACAAAUGGUACCUUAACCUAGACAAGCCUGAAGAGGCUUUGAAGGUUCUUGGCUUCAUCGCUAUCUUCGUCAUCAGAACUCUCCUCCAUCAUGCCAUGAAGCCUUUAGGCCAACCUUACCUCACCACCGAUUUUGCCAUAGGGUUGAUUCUAGGCAACCUUCCCAAGUUUCGAGAAGCAUUCUCGGGUCCUUACUCGACCACCCUCAACAACAUUAUCGAAUUCGGAAUGAUCUGCCAUAUGUUCGUGAUGGGCCUAGAGAUGAACCCAAGCGCCCUCCUCAGACCACCAACCAAAGACGCAUUCAUGGCAUACACAAGCAUGCUCACAACCUUUGCCAUCGCCUUUGCCACAACGCCUUUCCUCCACUACACCAAAACCGCUCCCUUCGUUUUCUCCUUAGCUCUCUCCCUCAUGGCUUCGAGCACCGGCUCGCCUAUCCUCACCCGCGUCAUCUCCAAUCUCAAAAUCAGAAAAUCUGAUCUCGGCAAGCUCGCAUCAGCCGCGGGCGUCCACACCGACAUGAUCUCGACCUUGUUCUACUGCUUCGGAUUCAUUUUUUUCCCUACGGAGAGACCUCUCCCUCGUCCUCUCCACAGAUUCUUCAGAGCCUUACUCAUGUUCUGCCUCUUCCUCGCUCAAGUCACUUUCACUUCCAUUGUUUCACCAAUCUUUCUCAACUGGGUCAACAACGAGAACCCUGAGGGUAAACCACUCAAAGGCUCUCACCUCGUUAUGUCCUUAGCGUUUGUCGUCUUAAUAUGUAGCUUCCCUACUUGGCCGCCUGAGUCAAUGUACAACCCGAUCCUCAGCGCCUUCACGGCUGGUCUCUUCCUUCCGAACCAAGGAAGGAUGUCCAAAUGGAUCAUCAACAAAAUCAAUUACUUGCUCAGCACGGUGUUCUACCCUAUCUUCUUCUUCUGGGUUGGAUUCAUUAUCCACAUGAGAAACUUUGACAUUGGAGAUAAAUUGGCUUGGGCGAGAUUGUUUUCUCUUCUUGGUACUGUCAUAGCCGGAAAAGUCGUCGGAACAGUGUUGUGCGGUGUACUACUCGGAUACCAUGUCCGAGAAACCGCAUCGCUUGGACUGCUUCUUACCACUAAAGGCCACUUUCAUGUCUACUUGGCCGCUUUAGCCAUUCGGACAAACAGGGUGAAAAACACGACCGGUGCAAUGAUGAUCUUCGUCAUUGUCCUAACAGUGGUCUACUCUCCAUUUGUUGUCAUGGACAUAAUCAAAAGAGCAAGAAAGCGAGUCCCCGUACACAUCAUGGCGCUACAAUGGCUAGAUCCAACAACCGAGCUUCGAGUCUUGAUGGGUCUACACGGUCCCCACAACAUCGGCUCAACGCUCAACCUCAUGGAGAUCUGCCAUGGAGGACGUGAGCCGGGGUCCAUAUACUACGCUACUGAUAUGGUGGAGCUGACUGAUGAGAUCGCCGCCACGCUGAAAAAGGACGGCAGAUCGGGUCAGAAUAAUGAUGAUUCAGUGACGGUAACAGACAGGACGGUGACGGAGAUGCGUGAGAGUAUAACCGCUGCUGUCAAUGGGUAUGGUGAGCUCCGAAGUGGGCAAGGUGUCACAGUGCGUAGGAUGCUGGCAUUGUCAACGUUUAUGACCAUGGCACAUGAUAUUUGUGGUUUGGCUGAUGAACUUAUGGUUUCUAUUAUAAUUCUACCGUUUCAUAAACGUAGAAGUCCUGAUGGCACUCUUGACUCUGGCCAUACCGGGUUCCGUCAUGUGAACCGCAAGAUUCUGAAGAACGCACCGUGUUCAAUAGGAAUCCUCGUGGAUAGGUCGUUCGGGCAAACAGAAGAGGCAUGGAGACCAGGAGCGUCCAUGGACAUUGCCAUAAUAUUCAUAGGUGGUAGAGACGACAGAGAGGCACUAGCCUUUGCUGCACAAGUGGCUCGACACCCAGCUGUGAAGCUAAGCGUGAUACGUUUCCUGGAAGACAAGAGCUCUCAGAACGCGCAGAAACGCAGCAGCAUACUGAACAGAGCGAGCGUGGUGGAGCAAGAGGAGGAGAUGAAGCUUGACGACGAGUGUUUCGCUGAGUUCUACGAAAGAUAUAUAGCCGGUGGAGGAAGAGUGUCUUACAUGGAGAAGCAUCUGACGAACUCUUCAGAGACUUUCACAGCGCUAAAAUCACUGGAUGGAGAGUAUGGGCUGGUGAUUGUUGGGAGAGGAGGAGGAAGGGCGAGUAGCGGGUUAACCACUGGGUUAAAUGAUUGGCAGCAAUGUCCAGAGCUUGGUCCCAUAGGCGAUGUUCUUUCCGGAUCAGAUUUCUCACACAACACAUCGAUGUUGAUUAUUCAGCAGCAGCGUACACGUGGUCAGCUAGAAGGGCUUCAUGAUGAUUUCACCAUCCUGUAAAUAUCUGUUCAAAUGCAUUUACAUUGUAGCUUGACCGUCACAACUCUUAAAGAGACUCUGUACAAUAGUUCAAAGAUUA